AUGCAUCUCCUCGGCCACCACCUCGCCGACUACAAGGUGCUCAAGUACGCGCUGCGCAAGUUCUUCGGCAUCUCCUAUUCCACUGCCGACCGACUCUUGGCCCGCCUGUCGAUUCCCGAGAAGGCGCUCGUCUCCUCCCUGACCGAGCGGCAGGUGACGGCGUUGUCGUCCUACCUCUCUGCGCCCUCGACCAGCACGCCUCCGGGCCCGACGCCCGUGACGCCCCCGCACGCGACGGACGCGCAGGUCCGCGCCGCGCUCGAGGACGCAAAGCGCAAGGGUCCCGACCCGAUGGACACGCUCGAGAUUGAGAGUGAUCUCAGGAGAAACCGCAAGGCCGACAUUCAGCAUCUCGCCGAUGUCGGCAGCUACCGCGGCCGUCGACACGCCAUGAGCCUCCCCGUCCGCGGACAGAAUACCCGCUCCAACGGCCUGACGGCGAGGAAACUCAACCACCUCAAGCGCAGGAACAUGUCGUGA